AUGUUGACAUUCCUAAUACUUCCUCAGUUGGCCUUGGGGGUAUCGCUUCAAAGAACCUCCAGAUCAGCUACUGUUCCUCAGGGAUGGGUCCCAAAUGCCUGCACAUUAAUUAUAUGUGCAUCUGACAAAGGGGACCCCAGAAGAGAAAUGGGCAUUCCAGGAACUCAAGAUCUUUCAGGUCCAGCAGAACCUCUGGCUAUUUCUGCACCAAACAGAGAUACAGGGGGGACAGGAACAAGAGGAGAGAUUCAUUUUCCAGAACUUGAACUUCUUAAAGCAGAAAUGAGAGAACUUCAGAAACAGAUGGAAGUUUUCAAAGCUACCCUCACCAAAACUCAAAAAGUUCUCCUUAUUCCCAAUGGAGUGAUUGUUGGUGAGAAAAUUUUCAAAACAGAUGGCAGUAGGGGUGAUUUCCAUGCCGCCAAUGCCAGCUGCACACGCAUAGGCGGCAACCUUGCCUUGCCGAGGGAUGCGGCAGAGAACAGUGCCUUCCAACAAAUAGUAGCAUGGCAUAACAGACGGGCAGUCCUGGGAAUCAGUUACACGACAACUCAACGCACGUUUGUGGAUCUGAAUGGCCAUUCCGUAGGAUUUUUCAGCUGGGCUCCGGGAGAACCAAAUAACGUUGGUUACGAAAAGUGUGUGGAAAUGCAUCCAGAUGGCAAAUGGCAUGACAGAAUUUGUGAGCUCGACUGGUUAAUCAUCUGUGAAUUUUAA